UCGGUUCUUGUUGUCAACGCUCCACAUCCUCUCCCAGCCUCGCGCCCUGAACACCAUGAGCAGAUAGAGACGACGUCUGGAGAACAGAACCGAGCUACUGACGAUGGCUCGUCAGCAGGGCGAGAUGACGGAGUACAAGAAGAUGAUGAUCAAGCGUGACCUGGAGACGGGCGUGGUCAUGACGGUGUUCCGCCAGAAGGCGGAGCGGCUCACCGUGCAGGUCAUCACGGAGACCCGGCAGGUGGCGUGGACGCGCACCGCGGACAAGACCGAUGGCGUCUUGGACGUGUUUGAGAUCAGAGAGGUCCGUCCAGGGAGGAACUCCAAGGACUUUGAGCGCUUUAAAGAUGGGAAGGACAAACACGAUGAGAACACCUGCUUCACCAUCCUGUACGGCUCCCAGUUCGUCCUCAACACCCUGAGUCUGGGAGCUGAUUCUGUGGACGAGGCUCAGAAAUGGCUGACGGGACUCGAGCUGCUGAGGCAAGAGACGCUGGAGGCUCCAACCCCUCAUAUAUAUAGCAGCUGGCUGAGGAAGCAGAUGUAUUCUGUCAAUCAGACCAAAACACACAGCAUCUCCAUGAAGGAGCUGAAGGCUCUGCUGGCUUCCAUCAACUACAAGCCAACCAGCUCUCGUUCUCUCAAAGACAAGUUCAUGGAAGUGGGAGGAAAGAAAGACCGCCUGGACUUUGCUCAGUUUCAUAAAUUGUACAACCUUAUAAUGUUUGAACAGAACGAGAUCCUGGAUGAGUUCAAAAAGGAAUCGUGUGCUUUUAUUUUGGGGAACACAGAUAAGCCAGACGCCUCAGCAGUUCUGCUCCUGGACUUCCAACGAUUCCUCAUUUACCACCAGAAGGAGUCCUGGGCCAGCGACCUGAACCAGGUCAGAGAGCUGAUGACCACCUUCAUCGACGACACCAUGAGGAAGACCAACGACCCCGAGUUCACCGUCAGCGAGUUCCUCAGCUUCCUCUUCUCCAAGGAGAACUCUGUGUGGGAUGAGAAGUUCUCGGAGGUGGUCCAGCUGGACAUGAACAACCCUCUGUCCCACUACUGGAUCAGCUCCUCACACAACACGUACCUGACCGGGGACCAGCUGCGCAGCGAGUCGUCCACCGAGGCGUACGCGCGCUGCCUGCGUCUGGGCUGCCGCUGCGUGGAACUGGACUGCUGGGAAGGACCCGGGGAGCCGAUCAUCUACCACGGCUGGACCAGGACCACCAAGAUCAAGUUUGAGGACGUGGUGAAAGCCAUCAACGAGCACGCCUUCGUCACGUCGGAGUUCCCCGUGAUCCUGUCCAUCGAGGAGCACUGCUCCCUGGAGCAGCAGCGUCAGAUGGCUCGCAUCUUCAGAGACGUGCUGGGAGACAAGCUGCUCACGGAGCCCGUGGAGCAGAUGGCGGAGCAGCUGCCGUCCCCCACGCAGCUCAAGGGCAAGAUCAUCCUCAAGCACAAGAAGCUCAGUGUGGAGGGAGGAGGGAUGACCAGAAACUUCAGGAAGGGGCAGAAACAGGGAGACCUGGAGAUCUGGGACCCUGUGGACCAGCGGUGGAACAAGCACUACUGUGUGAUCUCUGAUGACAAGCUGUACUACGCAGAGGAGUACGAGGAAGAGGAGGAAGAUCUGGGGAAGUACCAGGACCUGCACUGUUCUGAGCCGUGGUUCCACGGCCGCCUGAAGGAAGGCCGGGUGACGGCCGAGCGGCUGAUCCACGACUACUGUGUGGAGACCGGGGGCCGAGACGGCACCUUCCUGGUCCGACCCAGUGACCCCUUCACCCUCUCCUUCUGGCGCAACGGGAGAGUCCAGCAUUGUCGCAUCCGCUCGGUUGCAGAGGGGCCGCUCACGUACUUCUACCUGACGCCCAACCUGCACUUCCCCAGCGUGUACUCCCUGAUCCAGCACUACCGGGAAAACCCGCUGCGCUGCCAGGACUUUGAGCUGCGCCUCACGGACGCCGUGCCGCAGCCAGACCCGCACCUGCAGGAGGGGUGGUUCUACAGUAACCUGAGCAGAGGCCAGGCCGAGGACUACCUGCUCCGGAUCCCCAGAGACGGAGCGUUCCUCAUCCGAGAGAGAGAAGGAGAGCCGGACUCCUACGCCAUCACCUUCAGAGGUGACGGUAAGGUCAAACACUGUCGCAUCCAGAAGGAGGGCCCCAUGUACCUGCUGGGCACCACCACAGAGUUCGAGAGCCUCGUGGACCUGGUCCACUACUUCAGGAAGAAGCCCCUGUACCGCAAGAUCAAGCUCCGGUACCCCGUCACCCCCCAGCUGGUGGACCACUUCAGCACCGAGAAAGACUGCGCCUCCCUGUACGAGGUGAAGACCUACGUGGAACCCAACGAGAUCGAGCCCUCACUGCCUCAAAACACCGUGAGGGCCAGCUACAGGUACCAGGCCAAAAACCCUGACGAGCACAGCUUCAGCAAAGGAGCGUUGAUACACAACGUCUCAAAGGAGAGCAAUGGGUGGUGGAAGGGCGACUACGGGGGGAAGCUGCAGCUGUUCUUCCCAGCCAACUAUGUGGAGGAAGUGUCCAACAACACCAAGCCGGACAUCAGAGGACAGGACAUGGAGGACAACCCGCUAGGUGAGCUGUGCAAGGGUGUGGUGGACAUCUCCAAGUGCAACAUCCAGAACUUGAGGAGCGGUAAGAACAGGAGGCCUCAUGUGUUGACCCUGCAGGACACGGAGCAGGAGAGCCUGCAGUUCGACCUGGCGGCCUCCUCCCUGGAGGAGCUGUUUGAGUGGUACCAGGUGGGCUGGGACAUCAGCCAGAGAGCCGUGAGCAAGCAGUACAACCGGGAGCAGGAGAUCAGACAGCAGGAGGAAGUGGAGAAGAAGGCAGAGGUUGCCAUGGAGAUGUCGGACCUGGUGGUCUACUGUCAGCCACGCAGCAAGGAGAAGGACCGCUUUGACAGCUACAGCUACAAGGAGAUCCGCUCCUUCGUGGAGAACAAGAUGCCAGGGAAGAGCCGCACCAAGGACUUCCUGCAGUACAACCGCAAGGCCCUGAGCCGCAUCUACCCCAAGGGCCAGCGCAUGGAGUCCUCCAACUACGACCCCUACCCGCUGUGGGCCCUCGGCUGCCACAUGGUGGCCCUCAACUUCCAGACUGCAGACAGGUUCACGCAGCUCAACAGCGCCCUCUUCAGCCUGAACGGCCACACGGGCUACGUGCUGCAGCCGGAGCUCCUGAGGGCCGACGCCUACGAGCCUCAGCAGGAGAGGGGGGUCAGCCACCACAUCGGGGUCAGGGUUCAGGUAAAUUGUGUUCAGUGUCUGUUGAACGAGGAGGACAUGUUCUCCGACCCCAACUUCCUGGCCCAGGCCACGUUCCCCGUGAAGGGCCUCCGCUCAGGUGUCCACCUUAUCCCCACAGUCCUUGAACACAUCGUCACUCCAGUUGAGACUUCAUUCUGCACCGCUUAG